CUUGUUUCUUUUCUUUAAGAGAAGCAGGACUACACUUACCAAAAUGCAUCGGGGUGUGUGUUAAAAAAAAAACUGAACUGCCCCAGUGAACAUGGGCAUACGUUAAUCCUAUGAUAUACUUAACCUGUGCUAAAAAAGACGGGCGGUUAGCAAGUUACAUCAUAAUUGAGCAAGGAGUUCUCUCAAAAUAUAAGCAAAAGUCUAGACCGGAUAGAAAUUAGACUUAUCAAUUGUUAGAUACAGCAAGUACGUAUUUUGUAAUGUGGGAGUUGGUGCAUUGAGAGUGGUUUUGUAAAUGAGGAAGUGUUUCCAAUUUUGCAUCAAGACUGCUUGUCAUCUCGAUUGGAAUCAAUGCUUUCAACACACUGCAACUAAACGAGCUGAAGUGAAAUACACCCCAAGUUAAGGAAAAUAAAUGCUUAUCUGUCUACCUCGAUCUUAAUUACGGUCUACCGAUGAGCUCGUGCACUUUGGAAACAUGAGGAUUGUUGGUGUCGUAGACGGCUGUCUGUUUUUGGCAGAUGGUUUUGUGUAAUCACAUCCUGAGAGCUCUGGGUCCUAUGGACACAAGAAGUUUUUCGUUUUAAGAAGCCACGAGAAUUCGUCGGGCUUGACACACUGCCAGUAAAACAGAGGAUGUACUGGUCUGUGGGCAUGAGUGAAUCUACAGACGGUACUGAGAACAACAUGGACGACCAACAUGGCACUGUGGAUAUGGGAGGCAAGCAUUCCGUCCUGGGCAAUUCCACUUUGAAUCAGUCUCCUACGAUCGAAAACAUCCAGGCUGCAUACAAAGAAGGUGAUACCAGCAGGGCCCAGGAGCUCAUUAAAAUCUCGUGCGGCGAGAACAACAGGCUCCGGCUGGAAAAGCACCAGCUCCUCAGUGUUGCAGCAGGGAAUGGAGACCUGGAGGCUGUGCAGUAUUUACUGAAGGAGGGCAGGGUGGACCUGCCCAGGGAGCCCACAGAUGAAAACCCAGCAGUCGUUGCAGCUUAUUAUGGCCAUGAAGACGUUGUGAAGGAGUUGCUAGACUCCUUACCAGGGUCGGGCAUCAAUAAAGAUUUGCUAAACUGGAUGCUGGCAAAAGCUUGCCAACAAGGACACGUGGACAUCGUCAAGCUGCUGGUGCUCAACUACAAGGCCGACACGGAGAACUGUGCGAUAAGAAGCAAUGACUUCGCUGUCAUCACAGGUGUACCACUCUAUGCAGCGGCAAAGGCAGGGAAUGAAGAGAUUGCUGCCUUUCUGCUUCAGAAUGGAUCUGUGUUCUGCUCCUAUACUCUAAUGGACCACCCUCACUUCGCCAAGCAGCUCCUGAGAGCGAGGUUUGUGGAGCCCAGCACUCCGGAGCACAGCGAGGAACUGAGCGAUAACCUCUCUGUGCAGUGGUCCAGAUUGAAGCUGCCUUGGCUGGAGCUGGACUGGUUCAUUGACCUCUCCUCCAGGAUCUCUCAACUGGACCUGUCUUCAAACAGCCUCACUGGCCUGCCGUCCGUCAUCCCCUGGGGGCUGAUCCAGCUGCGGCAGCUCAACCUGGCGGACAACCAGCUGCGAGAGCUUCCCUCUGUCCACUCCUCGGAGGGUAUCCUCUGCACAAGGCUCCUGGAGGUGAACCUCUCCCAGAAUGAGUUAACCAGUCUUUCUUCAGGAUUCUUACAUCUUUCCAAUCUCCAAAAGCUCUUAGCAGCAAAGAACCAACUGACAACAUUAUUUGAAGCUGAAAAUGGUACUAACUGGAUAGGACUGCGGAGGCUGCAGGAGCUCGAUGUGUCAGACAAUCGUCUCACAGAGGUCCCUGCUUGCUUCCUUCACUGCUUCAAGUCGCUCCGCAGCUUCAGUGUUUCUAGGAACAAACUGAAAGUGUUUCCAGAUCCGUGGGCAUGCCCCCUGCAAUAUUGUAGAGCAUCUUCCAAUUCCGUGGCGAGCAUUCCAGACACUAUUUCCAUAUUUUGGAAAAAUCAUCUUAAAGAAAUGGACUUAUCUGACAACUGCUUGAAGGAGCUGCCAUUGCAUAUCUUUCAGCUAGAGGCAUUGGUGUCACUAAAAGUGAGCGAAAAUCAGCUAUCUGCUUUGCCUUUGCCAAACAAGUGGACUUGCUGUCAGCUCAAAUCACUUGAUCUUUCAAAGAAUCAACUUGGAAAGACUGAGGAGGGAGCAAAAACUAAGAGACUCAGUUUCUUCACCACAUGGAGCAGAAGAGACCCGCAUACAGCUGUUGUUCUCUCGUCGUCAGCUUCUUUGAUCGAAUUCCCCGGGUUCCUCAGCGAGUGUUUGGAAGUCCUGUUCCUGAAUGAUAAUCAGCUGGAGGCAGUGCCCCAGUCAGUGUGCUGUCUGAAGAGCCUGAAUGAACUCUAUCUGUCACAUAAUCCCGGGAUUCGAGAAUUGCCUCCUGAACUAGGGCAGCUGUCUAAUCUUUGGCAGCUGGAUAUUGAAGAGCUGAAUAUUGGUAACAUCCCAGCCGAGGUCAGGAAGGAAGGUCCUAGUGCAGUGCUGGCUUUCUUGAGGGCUCAUCUUAGGAAGGCAGAGAAGUGCAAGCUGCUGAAGAUGAUCAUUGUGGGGCCUCCUCGGCAGGGGAAAUCUGCAUUGCUGGAAGCCCUGCAGACGGGGAAAGUGCCGCAGAUGAUGCAAAAUGAAACCAGCAUCAGAACAACCAAAUGGGAACUGGAGAAGCCCAGUGGUGUCAAAGACAAGAUGGAUUCAGUGGAGUUCAAUGUGUGGGUUAUUGGAGGCCCUGCCAGCAUGUCCACAGUCAAUCAGUGUUUCUUCACGGACAAGGCCCUGUAUGUAGUUAUAUGGAACCUGGCUCUGGGGGAAGAGGCUGUGGCGAACCUGCAGUCCUGGUUAUUAAACAUUGAGGCCCGAGCCCCAAAUGCUGCUGUGGUGGUGGUGGGGACCCACCUCGAUCUGAUUGACUCCAAGUUCCGCACAGAGAGGAUCGCCACCCUGCGUGCCUACGUCCUGUCCGUGUGCCGCUCCCCCUCCGGAACCCGAGCCACGGGCUACCCCGACAUCACCUGCAAACACCUGCAUGAAGUGUCUUGUAAGACCCUAGAGGGCUUCGAUGGGCUGCGAAGGCUGCUGUUUCAGGUUUCCUGUAACAUAAAGGAUAUGUCCAACGCGGCAACUUCCCAGAAACUUGUCGGGAGAUUGAUACCCAAAAGCUAUCUGCUUCUACAAGCGGCAGUCCUAGCGGAGCGUCUGAGGAGAGACCUGGAAGAUGAAGUCCAGUAUCUGACUGACCUGCAGCUGGAGCAGAUUAUAGAGCAGAACCCUGACAGUGACAUCAAAGACUAUGAGGACUUGCAAACCGCUCUCAGCUUCCUGAUCGAGACGGGAGCACUCCUCCAUUUCCCUGACACGAGCCACGGCCUGCGGAACCUGUACUUCCUGGACGCGGUGUGGCUGUCGGAGUGUCUGGAGAGGAUCAUCAAUAUUAAGAGCUCCAAGUCGGUGGCAAAGAACGGAGUGAUCAAAGCAGAGGAUCUGCGCAUGCUGCUGGUGGGCACCGGCUUCACUGAAGAAACCGAGGAGCAGUAUUUCCAGUUCCUUGCCAAGUUUGAAAUCGCACUCCCAGUCGCCAGUGACAGUUACCUGCUGCCUCACCUACUGCCUCCCAAACCGGGAUUGGAUAUCCACGGCUUCCGCCAGCAGACAGCCAACACCAUUCAGAGGCUGUUCAAAAUGAGCUUCGUCCCUGCUGGAUUCUGGCAGAGGUUUAUAGCUCGGAUGUUAAUUAGCCUCACAGAAAUGGACCUCCAGUCAUUUGAGACCAAAAAGAACACAAAGUCUGUGAGAAAAAGGCAGACUAUCAUUUAUAGUUUUGCUGGCAACCAGCAGCGAAACCGUUGCAGUACCUUCCGCGUCCGGAGAAGCCAGACAAUUUACUGGAAGGAGGGGCUGCUGGUGACAUUUGACGGUGGCUACCUCAGUGUUGAAUCAUCGGAUUUGAACUGGAAAAAGAAGAAGAGUGGCGGAAUCAAAAUAAUCUGCCAGUCCGAAAACCGAGAUUUCUCCGCCAUGGCUUUCAUUACAGACCAUGUGAACUCCCUGAUCGAUCAGUGGUUUCCUGCGCUGACUGCCAGUGAGAAUGAUGGCACGCUGCUGAUUGAGCAGUAUGCGCCGUGCCCCUGCUGUGCUACAGCCACCGCAGAGAGAGCAGGCGUGCCGGGGACAUCGAAGACCGUGCACUUCUUCAACAUGGAGGACUGCGUUCACGCUGCCAUGGAGCUGGAUCACAUUGUCUGUCCGAAUCACCCCUCUGUCCCAGUGCCCCUCCAAGAGCUGGUCCCGGAGCUCUUCAUGACGGAUCUCCCUGCACGGUUGUUUCUUGAAAAGAGCAGCCUGGAAUACAGCGAGCAUGAAAGCAACAUCCUUGGGCAGGGGGGCAGUGGGACCAUUAUAUUCAAGGCCCAAUACAAGAACAUGCCUGUCGCAGUGAAGAGGUUCAAGUUCAAGAGGUGUCGACAGCAGUCCUUCGAUGCCAGCACAGACACUAUGGUUAGACACUUGCGAUCCAUGGAUGCUCUGAGGAAUUUUUCGGAGUUCCGUCAGGAGGCCAGCAUGCUCCACUCCCUGCAGCACCCAUGCAUCGUGUCUCUGAUCGGAAUCAGCAUUCAUCCACUCUGCUUCGCUCUGCAGCUGGCCCCUUUGGGCAGUCUCAACACCGUGCUGGAGGAGCACUCGAAGGGAGUGCUGUUUAUGCCACUGGGGCCCAUGCUGACCUUCAAGGCAGCCUAUCAGAUUGCAGCAGGGCUGGCCUACCUGCACAGGAAGAACAUCAUCUUCUGUGACCUGAAAUCCGACAACAUUCUAGUUUGGUCCCUGGAGACAGACGACCCGGUGAACAUCAAGCUUUCAGAUUACGGAAUCUCCAGGCAAUCAUUCCACGAAGGAGCGCUGGGGGUGGAAGGAACACCGGGCUACCAGGCACCAGAGAUCCGGCCUGGCAUUGUCUAUGAUGAGAAGGUGGAUAUGUUCUCCUAUGGGAUGGUUCUGUAUGAGCUGUUGUCCGGGAGACGGCCUGUGCUGGGUCAGCAUCAGUUGCAGAUUGUGAAGAAGCUGUCCAAGGGGAUCCGACCGGUGCUGGGACUCCCAGAGGAGGUGCAGUUCCACUGCCUGCAGUCUCUCAUGCUGCAGUGCUGGGACACCAAGCCUGAGAAGCGUCCUGUAGCUCUCUCCCUGCUGAAGCAGAUGCAGGAGCCCAGCUUUCCUAGCUUCAUGUAUCUGCUGCCUAGUGAGAGGCACUCCCAGCUGUUCCUCUCCACAGAGCAGGAGCACACUGCUGUGUUUUGGGAUGGGGAGAAUGAGGAGAGGAAUUACACUGUGGUGAACAUAGAGAAAGGUCUGGUAGAAGUGCAGAGAAUGGCUUGUGGUGGAAUGAAGUUGAGUUGUCAACUGAAAAUAGAAAAUACACUCUGGACAGCGACAGAGGACCACCAUAUUUAUAUUUACACUCUGAAAGGCAUGUGUCCACUAAGUACUCCACAGAAGUGUCUCCCCUGCCCAGCUGUUGUAACUUGCAUGCUUGCAGUGCCAGCUCAGAAAAAGACUUUACCGCUAGUCUUUGUUGGAAUGGCAGAUGGGCUAGUUGCAGUGUACAUAUUGAUCAAUGACCUCCCACAUGAAAGCCAGUCCUACCUGUGCUCCCACACUCUCAAUAAAUCCGUCUUUAAGAUCUCGGAUGACGACCCACGACAAAACCCCUACCCGGUGAAGGUCAUGGUGCUGGUGAAGAGCGGCUCGGAGAUCUGGUACAGCACUGGCCCCGGCAUUCUCAUCAUAGACUGUUUGACCCUUCAGGCUGUCAAAAGACUAGAUCCGUACGUCUGUCCCUCAACCAUCAUCUCAAUGACCUGCAAUUCUGGCUGCGGUGGAGAAGAGGCAGUUUGGUGUUUGGACGACAAGACCAACACCUUGCUAAUGUAUCACGCCGCUACAUACCAGCUGUGUGCCCACUACUUCUGCGGAGACAGCAAUCCUCUCCGAGACAUGUUUACAGUCCAGAAACCUGCUGGGGUGAUUCGAGAGCCUGACGCUACACCUACCUCCUCCACCUCCCCCUCCAUUGAUGAAAAGGGCUGUGAAACCAACAGCCCUGGGGACGUGACCAUCAUCUACAAUGAGGAGACGGGGACCCAGAUAAUAAGACACCAGGACUCCCUGACGGACUAUUGCUCCAUGUCUUCCUGCUCUUCUGACCGACUGUCACAGAUUGACAGGUCCAGCUCGGGGAUCUUGAACUCUCUUGCCAGCUCCACCAGCAUGCCCUUCUCCACAGACUGCGAGGAGUCGGACAGGUGGCAGGAUCAGAUGGGCAUGCCCGUGCCUGAGAGCAUGGAUUCCUCUCCCCAGGGUGACGAUGUGGAGGGCCUACAAGCCGUGAAAGUGCUUGCGGUUAAGGACACCUUGUGGAUCCCAAGGAGAGGCGGGGAUGUAAUCGUUAUUGAGCUGGAGAAGGGGUCUGGCACCCGGGGCAGAGUGGUCGCAGUACUCAAGGAAGCUGCACUGGCUCAACGAGGGGUGCUGGUUGAAGCUGCUGUAGUUGCAAAGGACACUGUUGUGUGCGGCUUUCAGAAUGAAAACAUGGAGUGGUGCCUGGCUGUCUGGAGAGGCUGGGGAGCCAGAGAGUUUGAAAUCUUCUACCAGUCCUACGAGGAGCUGGGAAAGCUUGAGUUCGGCAUGAGAAAAAGAAGGUAGCUCUUGUGUGGCUCAAAAUCAGGCCUCUGUGAAGGAUGUGCUUUGGGGAAUAGAGACUGACCGCCUUCAGUGUUUCAACCUGAAGGGAGGCAUGCUUCGACCAUAAGUGCUGUAGACAAGAAAAACACAGAGCGAGCGUCUACUCAAACUGCUAGCUUGCAAACACUGUUUGUGUGUGGCUAUUUUUGAAGCUCCUGUUGUGACUGAAAUCAGAUUACACUUGCAUGCUGUCCUUGGAACACCGUAAAUUACUUAGAGGCUGCCUAACUUAAUGGAUGUCUUUACAAUGUCCAAAUAUGAGCUACGUUGAAAUGCUUUAGAAUUUGAGACACUGUGGGACAAACCUAGCAUGCUAGAAACAGACCCUGAAUAUACUGCACUGCAUGUUCUGAGUGGAGCAAGAAAUGCUCUUUUAACCCGUGUAAGAUUAUUUAAACGAGUUAUGUGUAAUGUUCUUGUAAAUAUCAUGAAAUAAGCUGUAUAUGUAGAUUUUUUUUUGUGUAAAUAAAACUUGAAAUUGAAAUGGUUGAAUGCAAAAUAGAACAAUCUUGUGUAUUAAUACAGGAGGUACAGUAUCCACAUUUGAUAUCAAGUUGCCUACAACUAAAAACAGUAAUCAUUUUGUCCAGUAAUAAUUACCCAUGCUGUUUAUUAACUUCAAAUCAAGUGUCUGAUAAACCCCUAAUUACCCCCAGUAACAAAGUCACUCCUUUUGGUCUUGGUUCUGUUAUUAUGCAGUCAUAAAAAUAGAAGUAGGAACGGUAAACAGCAAUUGUGCUUAAAAGCCCACAUGAAAUUGCACAAUGAAAAAAGGACAGACAUUCUCAGGGCAACAGAAGCAAAGAACAAAGAAAGGCCACCAAAGCCAUUUGCUAUAUUGGCCACACAUGUAGCAAACAUGUUAAAGUUCUCAGUUUUGUAUACCUAUAUUUGGGUUGUCUGGUACAGUUACACUUUACAGUUCAUUUCACCACAGCACUGUUUUGGGGGGCCAUGGCAUGCGACUGGUUGGAAAGCAUGUCAGUCAUUAGGGGAGAGCAGUUUUGGUUAAUGACAGGAAAGAAGGCCUUGAAGAGGUACAAUGUCAUUCUCCAAAUGUAAUGACCUAGGAAGAGUGAGAGUAGACAUGCAAACAGAGCUUUUUAACCUUGAAUAGUACCAGUUAUUUUAUUUAUAACUGGUACUGCAGCGGUGUGGAGUAGUGGUUAGGGCUCUGGACUCUUGACCGGAGGGUCAUGGGUUCAAUCCCCAGUGGGGGACACUGCUGCUGUACCCUUGAGCAAGGUACUUUACCUAGAUUGCUCCAGUAAAAACCCAACUGUAUAAAUGGGUAAAUGUAUGUAAAAAUAAUGUGAUAUCUGUAUAAUGUGAAAUCUUGUAACAAUUGUAAGUCGCCCUGGAUAAGGGCGUCUGCUAAGAAAUUAAUAAUAAUAAUAAUAAUAAUAAUAAAAACUGUGACCUACAUAGAGAAUGGAAGAGCAAGGGAUGUUUCAAUAAAGCCAUAUAAAGUCUUAUUGUAUGUUUUAAAUUGGAAACAAACCGAUGGUCAUUUUUAUUCCUGUCGUCUUGAAGGAAGUGAAGGCCUUAAACCUGGCUCCUCGCCUCUGAAAAUAAGCCCAUCAGAUGAGCUUGGGCGGGGGCUUCAGAGUAUGCUUGACUGCUAACGACUCUGACUGGCUGAAACCAUUAUUUAGUCAUUAUUAAGUAAUUUUCCUUUUUAAAAAGCCAAGAGACUGCAUUUUUCAUGGAUGGGUUAAGGGACUUUCAGGAACAAAUUUUUCAUGUGAAACUGUAAAGUGCUUUCUUGACAAUAAUUAAACAAAUGUGACUUGUGUUGCGUUGUAUUCUGACCUU